AUGACCACCCAAAUAGACGCAGCUGCCCUCCAAGAAGAGUGGAACAGGCAGCAAACCGACCUCACAGCCCGCAUCAUCUCCCACGACGUCCUCUCCUUCCACCCGCCUCCCUCAGAAUCAUCACCAUCCUUCGUCCAACACACACCGCACGCCGGCGGCUGCAAGGCUCGUGGUUGCGACGCGGAUACCAACCCGUGGCCCGGCCUGAAGUACAUUGCCGGGAUGGAUGUGUCGUUCUUCGAGGGCACGGAUGAGGCUAUCGGGUGUCUUGUCGUGUUGAGUGUACCAGGGAUGGAGCAAGUAUACGUGGAUUGUCAAAAAGUGACACUCGACACGCCGUAUAUACCAUCCUACCUCGCGUUCCGCGAAGCGCCGAUUCUGCUGAGGAUGCUGCAGAAGGUGCGGGAUACGCUGCCGGAGGUGGUGCCGCAGGUGUUGAUGAUUGAUGGGAAUGGAGUUCUGCAUCCCCGGAAAUGCGGCCUGGCAUGUCAUGUCGGCGUGCUUGCUGACAUCCCAGCAAUAGGCGUCGCCAAGAACUUCCUGCAAAUCGAUUCCGAGAACCUUGUCCUCCGGAAUAUGAAGGACAUGUCGAAGCAACAUCUGACGAAAGCCGGGGAUUGGUUUCCGAUCGUGGGUGAAGCGUCGGGGGAGGUUUAUGGAGCUGCGUUACGAGCAACAUCAGACGCCGCCAACCCGGUGUUUGUCUCUCCGGGACACCGGAUCUCGUUGAGGACGUCGGUGGAGUUGACGGCGUGGUGUAGUGUUUUUAGAGUGCCAGAGCCGAUUAGGGCGGCGGAUUAUGCGAGUAGAGAGGUAGUUAGGGCGGUGGAGAGAGAAGCUGCUGUUAAGAAAUCUGAAGUGUGA